UUUCUCCCUCUCCACGGAUCUUUCCAAAUGGUCGACAAGGACAAUUAUUUUACUAUUUUUGUUUGAUUAUAGAUAUAUAUAUAUAUAUAUUCCUGAUCAUUUGGUUUAUUUUAGUAUUAUCCUUGGAAUGGUGAUCUGAGGAGAAAUCGAGGGAUUCGUGAAUAUGAGAUUUCUGGAACAAUUCUGAUCGAAAGUUAAAAGAGAAAGAGAGAGAAGCGUGAUUUGAAGAGAGUCUCGAGUUCUGUUUGGAUUGCGGGAAUCGGAGUUGGGAAAAUCAAUCGGAGAUGGGGUUUUUCAGUACUGUGUUGGGAUUUUUCGGAUUUGGAGUUGGGAUUUCUAUCGGCCUCGUUGCUGGCUAUUUCCUCUUCAUCUACUUCCAGCCAACCGAUGUCAAGGAUCCUGUAAUUCGUCCUUUGGUUGAGCAAGACUCUGAAACUUUGCAGCGACUAAUGCCUGAGAUUCCACUUUGGGUGAAAAGUCCAGAUUAUGAUCGUGUUGAUUGGCUGAACAAGUUUAUUCUGAAUAUGUGGCCUUAUCUUGACAAGGCAAUUUGCAAGACUGUAAAGAAUAUUGUGAAGCCCAUAAUUGCAGAGCAAAUUCCUAAAUAUAAGAUUGAGUCUGUUGAAUUUGAAGAACUCACUUUGGGGUCGUUGCCGCCAACUUUCCAAGGUAUGAAAGUGUACUCCACGGAUGAGAAGGAGUUGAUCAUGGAGCCUUCCAUUAAAUGGGCUGGAAAUCCUAAUAUCCUUGUUGCUGUAAAAGCAUUUGGAUUAAAAGCAACUGUUCAGGUGGUGGAUUUACAAGUUUUUGCCUCUCCACGUAUCACUCUAAAGCCAUUGGUUCCAAGCUUUCCUUGUUUUGCAAAGAUACUUGUCUCUCUAAUGGAGAAGCCACAUGUUGAUUUUGGGUUAAAGCUUGUAGGGGCUGAUCUGAUGUCAAUACCCGGCCUUUACAGAUUUGUACAGGAGCUCAUCAAGGAUCAGGUUGCUAACAUGUAUCUGUGGCCCAAAACCCUUGAAGUGCCAAUAAUCGACCCAGUGAAAGCAAUGAAGAGGCCUGUAGGAAUUUUGCAUGUAAAGGUCCUAAGGGCAAUGAAGCUAAAAAAGAAAGAUCUUCUUGGUGCAUCUGACCCUUAUGUUAAAUUGAAGCUAACUGAGGAUAAGCUUCCGUCAAAGAAGACUACUGUCAAGCACAAGAACUUGAAUCCUGAGUGGAACGAGGAAUUUAACAUGGUUGUUAAAGAUCCACAAAGCCAGGCUUUAGAGCUUCUUGUUUUUGACUGGGAGCAGGUUGGCAAAGAUGACAAAAUGGGUAUGAAUGUAGUCCCUCUAAAAGACAUUCCUGCUUGCAUUCCUGCUGAAGAGCCAAAAGUUCUGACUCUUGACCUCCUUAAAAAUAUGGACUUGAAUGAUGUUCAAAACGAGAAAUUGCGUGGGCAACUUGUUGUUGAAUUACUAUACAAGCCUUUCAAGGAGGAGGAAAUACCAAAAGGCAUUGAAGAGGGUCAGACUGUACAGAAGGCUCCUGAUGGAACACCUGCCAGUGGAGGUCUUCUCGUCGUCAUAGUUCAUGAAGCUCAAGACGUUGAAGGAAAGCAUCAUACUAAUCCACAUGUCCGGAUUCUUUUCAGAGGGGAGGAAAAAAGGACUAAGCCUGUGAAGAAAAACAGAGAUCCUAGAUGGGAAGACGAGUUCCAGUUUAUGCUUGAUGAGCCUCCCGUUAAAGACAGACUACACGUGGAAGUCAUCAGUACCUCGUCAAGAAUCGGCCUGCUGCAUCCAAAGGAAUGUCUGGGUUAUGUGGACAUCCAUCUUUCAGAUGUUGUGGCCAACAAGCGAAUCAACGAGAAGUACCAUCUUAUAGACUCCAAGAAUGGCCGAAUUCAAAUUGAGCUGCAAUGGAGAACUUCAUCAUGAUUCAUGAUGAGCACACCACUCUCUCUCUUGUUUCUAGGAUAUUGCUUUUGAGAAAAAAGGAUUUUUUGUUUCUUUUUUGGGGCACUGCUGUCUCCGGAAUACGUUUAUUUGUUUGUUAUUUUCGUGUAUAUUAUUGCAAUAGCGGAAACUAAUUGCAAAACCAAUACUCUUGGAUAUUUUCCAUAAAGUUCAAUGGCGAUUAGUCCAGCCAUUUAAAUUGGUUUUCUAA